AUGCGGAGCGCUCGUCGAGCUCUCGGAAGAGACUCACUGGCUUCGAGGGUGUGGCGAUUCAGAGGCAUAAUCGCUGUGAUCUCCCCCGUGUUUCUACUGGUUCUGGCGAUCGUACUGUUGAUGCCCUCAACACCCAGCGAACACCUACCGUUCUCUCAUGAUCACCUGUCCGCCAGUAGCUCUGGUAUCCCGGAACGGCGUUACAGAUUUGCGGUCGUGAUCGAUGCCGGAUCGACUGGUUCACGCGUCCACGUGUUUAGAUUCGAAGUUGGCGCUCGUGGCGAGCUCGUCCUCAUCGAUGAUACAUUCGAACAGCUCAAGCCGGGCCUCAGCUCGUUUGCGAAGGAGCCUGAAAAGGGAGCAGCGAGCCUCAAGCCCCUACUUGCCACCGCCCUGGAGACAGUCCCAGCAGCACAGCGUGCCAGCACAUCGGUGGAAGUACGAGCCACAGCUGGACUUCGCAUGCUGCCUGGCAGCGAGGCUGAUAAUCUCCUUGAAGCGGUUCUAAUUUCACUCGACGAGUAUCCGUUUGCUUUCGAUAAGGAUUCCGUCAGCAUACUGGAUGGCGCCGAGGAGGGAGCGUUCCAGUGGUUGACUAUGAACUAUCUCCUUGGCAACCUCAGAGGAGGCAUCGAAAAUACAGUGGCCACUGUCGAUCUUGGUGGUGGCAGCGUGCAGCUCGCCUACGCUGCAGAGCCGGUACACGCUCAGAAUGCGCCACCAGGGUACUUCAAAGAAAUGAAGAGUGGCAGCAACACAUAUAGUGUCUAUGUUUACAGCCACCUCGGAUACGGCCUUAUGGCAGCGCGCGCCGCCGUGCUUGGCAAAGCGGAAGGAAAGGCGAGCCCGUGCGUUCCCGCGGGACAUGACGGCGAGUACAUCUAUGGGGGCAAGACGCAUCGUGUUAAGGGUGGCAAAGCGGCCGACGCACUUGCAUGCAAGUCUGUUGUGGAUGAGGUCCUUGCACCUGAGAAAGAUUGUGGCGCGCACGCGCAGAAGGACUGCAGCUUCAACGGUGUUUGGGACGGAUCCCGUGGUGCUGGAGCGAGUACAUUCUACCUAUCCUCCUAUCUCUUCGAUCGCGUCAGUCAGGCUGGUCUUGUAGACCCAGGAAAACCAAGCGGAGAUACCACACCAAAGAAGAUACUUGCCGCUGCGAAAAAGGCAUGCUCUCUCUCCCCCGAGCAGGUGCUUCAAGAAUUCAAGGGCGUGGAAGAGAAAGAUGCGCCGUAUUACUGUCAUGAUUUGUCGUACGCUCACUCCCUCCUCACCGUGGGUUAUAAGCUUGCAGAAUCUGGGCAGGUAACUUUGGUAAAGCAGGUAACAUACAAGGAUCAAAGGGUGGAAGCCGCAUGGCCCCUUGGUGCAGCGCUCAACAGCUUAUCUUCGGCGUGA